AUGCAAUUGGUGCCCACAGGUAAUGUUACGGAUCCUUUUCCGAAUUGAAGACUGGUGAGUAUUCCAGACGAUCCCGAUGAAAAAAUCCGUCGACCGUCGAACGGCAUCCAUAACACUGCACCCGCGGAAGACGGGACUGUCGCAGCCGACGGCGAACACAAAGAUCCGGCCAGAGAACAAUGGUCUGGCAAGGUACUUUCCUCCCAGCUCUCUCUCGUUUCACUCUUUUUUCAGCUCGAUUUCCUCCUUUCAGUAGUCGGUUUUGCUGUUGAUCUCGGGAAUAUCUGGCGAUUUCCCUAUCUGUGCUUCAAGAACGGAGGCGGAGUUUUCCUCAUACCGUACUCAAUUAUGGUUCUCUUAACCGGAGUACCGUUGUUUUAUAUGGAGCUCUGUCUCGGUCAGUACUACCGGAAGGGUGCAAUCACCACGUGGGGCAGGAUCUGUCCGCUUUUCAAAGGCAUCGGCUACUGUGUUAUUCUCACCGCUUUCUACGUAGACUUCUUUUACAAUGUGAUCCUCGCCUGGGGUCUUCAUUAUCUUUACACAUCCUUUAGGUAACUCUUUUCCCAUUCCACUCGAACCUUUUUCAUUCACAGCUUCAACUUGCCUUGGGCGUCGUGCAAUAACACGUACAACUCUGCUGCCUGCUAUGAACCACACUGGUCCGAAGACGGAACCGCAAUGUGUCGGAGUGCAAACCAAUCUGUGCCCGCCGAGAAGAUAUCUGCCGCCGAAGAAUACUUCUAGUAAAUCAACUUGUAAUCAAAAAAUUCCUAGCUCUAUUUUGACAAUUUCAGCAAAGGAUUUCUGGGCCUUCAUGAAGCGAACGCUCCGAAUUCUCACGUCGUCCGAAGCCUCACUGAUCUCGGAAGUGUUCACUGGGAUAUUGCAGUCAGCCGUUCACCUCCUCCCAUUCCAUCAGCACAUUCAUUUCAGCUUUCUCUGUUCGUUGUCUAUCUUAUCUGCUACUUUUCCAUGUGGAAAGGCAUUCAUACUUCCGGAAAGGUCGUCUGGUUCACUGCGCUCUUCCCGUACGUCGUGCUCGGAAUCCUGUUCAUUCGAGGAGUCACUCUUCCCGGAUGGCAAAAAGGAAUCGAGUACUACCUCCGUCCGAACUUUGAAAUGCUUCGGGUAUUCGUGCAUAAACUGUCAUUGUAACACUCGAAUUUUCAGAAGCCGUCCGUCUGGCAGGACGCCGCCACUCAGGUCUUUUUCUCCCUCGGCCCUGGAUUUGGAGUCCUCAUGGCGUAUUCUUCCUACAAUGAUUUCCAUAACAAUGUCUACGUGUAAGUCAGUCUCCAAUAAAUGUCACUCUCCCGAUUAUCAACCUGUUCAGUGAUGCCCUGUUCACUUCCUUCAUCAACUGUGCGACUUCCUUCCUGUCCGGAUUCGUUAUCUUUUCCGUUCUCGGAUACAUGUCGUGCAAGUCAGGAAAACCAAUUGAAGCAGUUGCUCAGGAAGGUCCCGGGCUCGUUUUCGUAGUCUACCCGGAAGCUCUCUCUACGAUGCCUUGGGCUCCAUUCUGGUCCGUGCUCUUCUUUCUGAUGCUCAUGACUCUUGGACUGGAUUCUUCGGUAGGUCUUGUCGUUUUCAUAGUUCCGCCAGCAACCUAAUUGCAGUUCGGAGGAUCAGAGGCCAUAAUCACUGGUCUCUCGGAUGAGUUUCCCAUUCUGAAAAGACAUCGCGAAGUGUUCGUCGGUUGCCUUUUCUCUUUUUACAUGAUCAUCGGAAUCUCAAUGUGCACAGACGUGAAUUCUACGAGAAAGUGUCAAUGUUAAAAAACCAAUUUUCAGGGAGGUAUUUUGAUCAUGGAAUGGCUUAUCAUUUAUGGAACCACAUGGGGUCUUCUCAUUGCUGUUUUCUGUGAAGCCAUGGUAAUUUCCUAUAUUUAUGGUAUGCCUUUUUCACUUUAAACGAAAAACUUUGCCGUCUUAGGACUCCGCCAAUUCGUCCGUGAUGUGAAGGAAAUGAUGGGAUUCCGGCCGGGAAACUACUGGAAGUUCUGCUGGAGUUGUGCUGCUCCGUUCAUCCUUCUGGUCUGUUACUCUUCUUUGUUUCUUCUAGAAUGCCUUAUUUCAGUCUAUGAUCACUUCCAACUUCGUCAACUACCAGGCUCUCACUUACCAGGACUACAAGUACCCGAUAGCUGCAAACGUGAUAGGCAUCAUUUUCGCGCUUUCCGGCGCCUCUUUCAUCCCGCUGGUAGGCAUCUACAAGUUUGUCAACGCAAAAGGCAAUUCUCUUUCUGAGGUAUGGCUUCUUCUCCGCCUUCUCCUUCGCCCAUUACCAGACGUCUUUCAGAAAUGGCAGCGAGUGACGAUGCCGUAUCGGAAGCGACCCAAUCAAACCGAGUACAUUCCGAUUCCGACGACGCAGCCGCACUCUGACAUCAUGCUUUGA